AUGGCUGACUUAUCGAAGCCGAUCGCGGCAGAUCCUGCGAAACAUCGUGACCAGCUUUUUGAGCGUUUUGAAGCCCUGAGAACAAAAGAAACCUUCUGCGAUGUAAGAGUUGCGGUAAAAGGCAAAGAAUUCAAAGCUCACAAGGUUGUGCUAGCUGCAGCAAGCCCGUUUUUUCUUUCACUUUGGGAAAGCAACAUGAUAGAAAGCAACGAACAACGAAUCGAAAUCAAGCUUGAAGAGGCGACUGCUUCUGUCAUGGAAGACGUGCUACAAUACAUCUAUACUGGAAAUGCUUCCGUCACCGAGGAAAACUGCCACAAGUUAAUUGCCACAGCGAAUUAUCUGCUUCUACCAGGGUUAAAAACAUUGGCUGUUGCUGUUUUAAAGGGGAAGUUGACACUUGAGAACUGUGUUUGCAACUAUUAUUAUGCUGACAAGUAUCAUUGCGAAGAGCUAAAACGAGCAUGUCGCACGGUGAUUCAUUCAAAUUUCACUGCUGUGAUGGAUACAGAAGAUUUUCUGAACCUUGAAAUAAAGCAAGUCAUGGAAUGGGUGUCUAGUGAUGACAUAAAAGUCAGUUCCGAGAAAGAGGUAUUCGAGGGAAUUGUUAAGUGGGUAUCUUACAACAGAAGUGAAAGGGAAGGAUUUUUUCUAGAUUUACUGCGCCACAUCCGCCUAAGAUCCAUGCCACACAACUUUUUAUUGAGGGACGUAGUGAAGGAAGAACUUGUAACUAGAAAUAAUGACUGCCUAAACUAUUUGCUGGGGUCCAUGGAGUCAAUUAUUAUUCCUACAGAAGAAAGUCUUACCAAAGGACCAAGAAAUUGCCUGAAGGUGCAGGUGGAAGGAAUUUUUGUAUGUGGGGGUAGGAGGGCUUUGUGUUAUCCUCCCCAUGUAGACGCGUGGUAUCAGAUUGGAAAGAUGACUUUUGAACAUCAAAACCAUGCUGCCAUACAGUACAGGGAGAAAGUUUACAUAUUUAGUAAGCAGGAAGUACAUGUCUCCUCAGACGUACAUGUUAUAGAAUACUAUGUGCCCUCCACAAACUGUUGGGGCUCAAUUCAAACAGACUUUGGAUAUGAUGAGCAAUUUUCUAGCCUCUCCGUGCUGAGUGGUUAUUCAUAUUUGUAUGCAUUAACCAAUGAUGCUGAUAUCCCGGAGAGCACAGUUUUUGCAUAUGAUCCUGAUGAAAAUUUUUGGAAAGUAAAAGGAGAUGAGGACUCUAGAAAUCGAUGGGGAGCUUGUGGCAUAGCAAAUGGACCUCACCUCUACAUUGUAGGUGGCACUGAUCGGGAAAAUUCCACAGCUACUGGAAUUACUAAAGUGGAGAAGUUUGAUCCAAGCAAUGUGAGUUUUGAAGAGGUUGCGCCUUUGAAUGAGGCAAGGCAUGAUGCAUUUGGAGCAGCCAUGAAUGACAAGAUCUAUGUAGCAGGUGGAAUUCAAAUGAGAGAACUUAGAUCUAUACUGCUUAACACAUGUGAGGUUUACACCCCUUCAACCAAUGAGUGGCAUCUGAUGGUGAGUCUCCAAGUACCUCGUCAUUCUGCAAGCAUGGUCUACUUUAAAGGAGCUUUGUAUGUUAUUGGUGGAUCAAAGAAUACUGACAAUCAAGUUGCAGCCAGAGAAACGUCUGUUGAAAUGUUUGAUUUUGAAACAAGUGAAUGGAAGGUGAAGAGCACCAUACCUCUUAGUCUUGGAAGUGUAGAAGAGAGAAAUAAACAAAUACACUUCAAAGCUUGUUUUGCAACAAUUCACAGAGAUGUGCUAGAGAAUAUCAUCGGGACAGACAUACAUGUUAAUCGCAAUUGGAGAUGA